AUGUCUGUACUCUCUCAUCUCCCUCACCCAGAGGUGUUUUAUGAAAGCUUCCUGUGGGCUCCCUUCAUGCCAUCCGCUGGCACCAAGAGCUCCCUGGAACCAAGACUUCCUCCUCCUCCUGUACGUGUCAGUGUGGGUGCUGUAUCACGCUCCAUUACAGAUUUAACUGAAGAGCAGCAACAGGAGAAGGAAGAGCAGCAACAGGAGAAGGAAGAGCAGCAACAGGAGAAGGAAGAGCAGCAACAGAAGAAGGAAGAGCAGCAACAGGAGAAGAAGGAAGAGCAGCAACAGGAGAAGGAAGAGCAGCAACAGGAGAAGGAAGAGCAGCAACAGGAGAAGGAAGAGCAGCAACAGAAGAAGGAAGAGCAGCAACAGAUGAAGGAAGAGCAGCAACAGAUGAAGGAAGAGCAGCAACAGAAGAAGGAAGAUCAGCAACAGAUGAAGGAAGAGCAGCAACAGAUGAAGGAAGAGCAGCAACAGAAGAAGGAAGAUCAGCAACAGAUGAAGGAAGAGCAGCAACAGAUGAAGGAAGAGCAGCAACAGAUGAAGGAAGAGCAGCAACAGAUGAAGGAAGAGCAGCAACAGAUGAAGGAAGAGCAGCAACAGAUGAAGGAAGAGCAGCAACAGGAGAAGGAAGAGCAGCAACAGGAGAAGGAAGAGCAGCAACAGGAGAAGGAAGAGCAGCAACAGGAGAAGGAAGAGCAGCAACAGAAGAAGGAAGAGCAGCAACAGGAGAAGGAAGAGCAGCAACAGGAGAAGGAAGAGCAGCAACAGGAGAAGGAAGAGCAGCAACAGAAGAAGGAAGAGCAGCAACAGAAGAAGGAAGAGCAGCAACAGAUGAAGGAAGAGCAGCAACAGAUGAAGGAAGAUCAGCAACAGAUGAAGGAAGAUCAGCAACAGAUGAAGGAAGAUCAGCAACAGAUGAAGGAAGAGCAGCAACAGAUGAAGGAAGAGCAGCAACAGAUGAAGGAAGAGCAGCAACAGAAGAAGGAAGAGCAGCAACAGAUGAAGGAAGAGCAGCAACAGAUGAAAGAAGAGCAGCAACAGAUGAAGGAAGAGCAGCAACAGGAGAAGGAAGAGCAGCAACAGAUGAAGGAAGAGCAGCAACAGGAGAAGGAAGAGCAGCAACAGAUGAAGGAAGAGCAGCAACAGAUGAAGGAAGAGCAGCAACAGAUGAAGGAAGAGCAGCAACAGGAGAAGGAAGAGCAGCAACAGAUGAAGGAAGAGCAGCAACAGGAGAAGGAAGAGCAGCAACAGGAGAAGGGGCAGAGCAUCACUAACAACAGGAGGAGAAAGAGGAGUUACAUAAGCAGCAGCAACAGUUGGUGAAGGAACAAUUGGGCAGGGAAGGCUGCGUUGUUGAGGUGAACGGUGGCUUACCUUAACUGUCCGCUGGUCAUUCACUCCCGCUCUCUCAC